GAGAAAAUUAGUAGGAAAUACGUCGUAAACAGCCCUGCAGUGUGUCCCGCCCACAACAGAGGCGCGUAUAAAAGGACCGUGGUCCAUGGGGAUGCUCAGACUGAGGACACCUUCUCCCUGCUCGUCCAUCAAUCCCUCCCUCCUGAGACCAUGAGCUACUACACAGGCCUGGGCUACGGCCACAACGGCGUGAGCUGCGCCUACCGUGGCUGCGGCUACGGCUGUGGCUAUGGCCGUGGCUACGGCUGCGGCUACGGCGGUGGCUAUGGUGGCCUGGGCUAUGGCUGUGGCUACGGCGGCCUGGGCUGCGGCUACGGCUGGGGCUCUGGCGUCUACGGCUAUGGCGGCAACCGCCCAUCUUGCUGCAGAAGGUUCUGCUUGUAUGGGUGCUACUGAGAAGCUUCCAGAGAAACCCAGCCAGCUGAUCCACCCCAGCCACCAGCAUCCAACCACAACCCUCCCUCCG